CUUUGGAGUGUUCCGGCACAGCGAGUGGGUGGGGCAGCCGGUGGGGUCGCGGGUGCGGGCGGUUAAGGGAGGCGGCUUCGUGCACUUGCUUGCACCCUCGCCUGCCCUCUGGACCAAGGUGCUACCGCACCGCACGCAGAUCCUCUACCUGCCGGACAUCGCUCUCAUCAUCGCCCGCCUCGCCGUGACGCCCGGCGCUGUGGUGCUGGAGAGCGGCACCGGCAGCGGCAGCCUCUCGCACUCCCUCGCGCGCGCCGUGGCGCCCACCGGCCGCCUGCUCUCCUUCGAUUUCCACCACGCCCGCGCGGAGCAGGCGAGGGCGGAGUUUGAAGCCAACGGCAUAGCGGGCGUGGCCAGUGUGCAGGUGAGGGACAUCCAGGGCCACGGCUUCCCCCCUGAGCUGCACUCCUCCGCGCACGCCGCCUUCCUGGACCUGCCCUGCCCCUGGCUCGCGCUGCCCUCCGCCGCCGCGUGCCUGCUGCCGGGCGGGCGGCUGUGCUCCUUCUCGCCGUGCAUGGAGCAGGUGCAGCGCUGCUCCCAAGCCAUGCGCGCCCACGGCCUCACCGACAUUCGCACCGUGGAGCUGCUCAGCCGAAGCUACGAGGUGCGGGAGGAAGUCCUCACCGUGCCAAACCUGAGGCCAGCCUCGGAAGCUCCGAGCCUUGAGCCGCCAGGGGAGGGAGAGAAUGGGAGGGCCAGCGAGGGCGACGGGAGCCAGCAGAGCGACGGCCGGCCAGCGAAGCGCCGCCGCGAGGAGGAGGGUGGUGAGGAGGAGGGGGUUGGUGACAAGGACGGUGGGAUGGAGCAGAGCACAGCAGCGAGGGCGGAGGAGGAGCGACAAGACGGUGAUGCGACGGGAGAGGCAGGGGCAGCGGGCAGAGGGAGGAGGGAGAUGGGCAGGCGGCAGAGGGGAAUGUCGGAGAGCAUGGGUGAGGAGAGGAGGUACGUGGCAGCGAGGCCAGUGGCGGAGAGCAAGGGGCACACAGGGUACCUCACUUUCGCCGUCAAGCCCGUGUGA